CAACAAGAUAGUAACUAACUAUCAACCUGAGCUUAGAAUCUUGAUACUUUGCCUUCUCCUCACAUUUUCAUUUCAGAUACAAAAAAAAUCUUAACGUUCGAUUUCUAAUAAAUUAGAGAUCGACAGGGAAGAGACAGUGCUCCGGUAAAGAAGCCACUUCAAGGGGCGAAGUUUAUAUAAAAAUGAAGCCAUGCAUGACCAAUCUAAGACAAAUGAUUCAACCAAUGUUGAAUUUCCAAGGAAUAUCCGCCGGUUUAAACAUGGUCGACGUUCCUUUUUUCCGGCCUAAAGACAAGGUUGUUUUCGUCAUGGGAGCCACCGGAACCGGUAAAUCUCGUCUAGCCAUCGACCUUGCAACUCGUUUCCCGGCGGAGAUCGUUAACUCCGACAAGAUCCAAGUCUACAAAGGUCUAGACAUCGUCACAAACAAAGUCACUCCGGAGGAAAGCCUCGGCGUUCCUCACCACCUCCUCGGCACCGUGGAAAACACUUACGAGGAUUUCACGGCGGAGGAUUACCAGCGUGAAGCACUCAGAGCCGUAAAAUCAAUCGUGGAGAGAGACCGUGUCCCCAUCAUAGCAGGUGGCUCUAAUUCUUACAUAGAGGCUUUGGUCAACAACUGCGUUGACUUCCGGUUAAGGUACAACUGUUGCUUCUUAUGGGUUGAUGUUGAUAGACCGGUUUUGCACUCGUUCGUCUCGGACCGGGUUGAUAAGAUGGUCGAGAUGGGACUCGUCGACGAGGUUCGCCGCAUCUUCGACCCCUCGUCGUCAGAUUACUCCGCCGGGAUUCGCCGUGCGAUCGGAGUUCCAGAGCUGGACGAGUUUCUCCGAGCGGAGAGGCGUGAUUAUCCACCGGAGACGACGGAGAAGCUUCUUGAGACGGCGAUCAAGAAAAUCAAGGAGAAUAAUUGUUUGCUUUCUUGUCGGCAGUAUCAGAAGAUUAAGAGGCUUUACAAGCAGUGGAAGUGGAACAUGCACCGUAUAGACGCGACGGAGGUUUUUCUCCGGCGAGGGGAAGAAGCCGACGAGGCUUGGGAGAAUAUGGUGGCUCGACCUAGCGCACUCGCUGUCGAGAGGUUUCUUAAUUACAGCGACGAUCACCAUUUUAGCAACGCCGAUAUUAUGAUACCGGAGAUCUCCGCCGUUCCGCCGCUUUCAGCCGCCGUGGCAGCGAUUUCCCGGUGAAAAAGGAACUGAGAAAUGGAAAUGGUGGGAAAAAGGACCUAUAAAAAUGCCACGUGGCGUGAUUGUUGGAAAUGGUUUAGAGCUAUGACAAUGCCACGUGGUUAUAUUGCUCGCUGUCGGAGAAGAUGAUCUUUUUUUAUUACAUAAAAGUGUGUGUGUUACGGUUAAACGGAAUCAGUUUUGAGGGACCUGAAGUGCACGCGCGGGGCGGAUGCUGACAGGUUAUCCUUUUGUUCCGGUAUAGUAGUACUUAAAGCUAGGAUAUGGUGCGGAAUAGUGUACGGGUUAUACGGUGGAUAGCUAGGUUUGUAAGUUAAGACAAAGAAAGAGGUCAUUGGUCAACGCGGUUUUGCCCAAAAAAAGAAUAAGGAUCCAACGGACAAAAGAACGAAGAGUCUUGUUGGACAUGGACCCCAUCUUUUUGACGGCGGAUUGCUGUCCGAUAUAUGUUGGGUCCUACAGUUGUGACAUCAUGUGGUUAAAUAAUUCAAUGAUUAUUACUUAUAUAUAAUAAAGUGUCUCUGUUUAUUAGUAUAUAUGUUUCGGCGGGUUGCUGAUGAACUUCGUAUGCUGGAUAAGAUUUACAAUUGCGUUAUUUGUUAACAAAUUAGAAAUAAAUGUACAUCAUCAGUUCAUGUCCAUAUGAAAACAUUAUAUUUUCAUAUAAACGAACUAAUAU